UUUAAACGGCGGAGCCCGCUGGCCAAUCAGGCGGCUCUCGUGGAGGCAGCUAGCGCGAGGCUGGGGAGCGCUGAGCCGCGCGUCGUGCCCUGCGCUGCCCAGACUAGCGAACAAUACAGUCAGGAUGGCUAAAGGUGAUCCCAAGAAACCAAAGGGCAAGAUGUCUGCUUAUGCCUUCUUUGUGCAGACGUGCAGAGAGGAACAUAAGAAGAAAAACCCAGAGGUCCCUGUCAAUUUUGCAGAAUUUUCCAAGAAGUGCUCUGAGAGGUGGAAGACAAUGUCUGGGAAAGAGAAGUCUAAAUUUGAUGAAAUGGCAAAGGCAGAUAAAGUGCGCUAUGAUCGGGAAAUGAAGGAUUAUGGACCAGCUAAGGGAGGCAAGAAGAAGAAGGACCCUAAUGCCCCCAAAAGGCCACCGUCUGGAUUCUUCCUGUUCUGUUCAGAAUUCCGCCCCAAGAUCAAAUCUACAAACCCUGGUAUCUCUAUUGGAGAUGUGGCAAAGAAGCUGGGUGAGAUGUGGAAUAACUUAAGUGACAGCGAAAAGCAACCUUACAACAAUAAGGCAGCGAAGCUGAAGGAGAAGUAUGAGAAGGAUGUUGCUGACUAUAAGUCUAAAGGAAAAUUUGAUGGUGCAAAGGGUCCCGCUAAAGUUGCCCGGAAAAAGGUGGAAGAGGAAGAUGAAGAAGACGAGGAGGAGGAGGACGAGGAGGAGGACGAGGAGGAAGAUGAAUAAAAACUGUUGAUCUGUCUCCUUGUGAAUACCUUAGAGUAGGGAGCGCGUCAUCGACACCCCUCCUAUUCGAGGCGUGUCUGUCGCCCUCGUUAGGUUUAAUUACACAAUUGGGUCAUGGUCAUAUUGUAGUUUCUCAAAGUGCUCUAGAAAUUGUCAGUGGUUUACAUGAAGUGGCCAUGGGUGUCCGGAGCACCCUGAAACUGUAUCAAAGUUGUACAUAUUUCCAAACAUUUUUAAAAUGAAAGGCUCUCGUGUUCUCCUCACUCUGUGCACUUUGCUGUUGGUGUGACAAGGCAUUUAAAGAUGUUUCUGGCAUUUUCUUUUUUUAAUUUGUAAGGUGGUGUUAACUCUAUGGUUAUUGGCUAGAAAUCCUGAGUUAUCAACUGUACAUAUCUAUAGUUUGUAAAAAGAACAAAACAACCGAGACAAACCCUUGAUGCUCCUUGCUUGGCGUUGAGGCUGUGGGGAAGAUGCCUUUUGGUGGGGCUGUAGCUCAGGGCGUGCACUGUGAGGCUGGACCUGUGGACACUGCAGUGGGCAUCCAUUUAGCUUCAGGUUGUCUUGUUUCUGUAUAUAGUGACCUAGCAUUCUGCUGCCAUUCUUAGCUGUGGAAAAGGGGGGGGGGUCAGCUGGCAUGAGAAGUGUUUGGAUCCUUUUUAGUUAAGUGCGGUAGUUUUAAACUGUUUGUUUCUAAACAAACUGUAGAACUCUUCAUUGUCAGCAAAGUGAAGAGCCACUGCAUCAAUGAAAGUUCAAGAACCUUCUGUACUAAACACAAUUUGCGACGUUCUGUUAUUUUUUUGUAUGUUUAGAAUGCUGAAAUGUUUUUGAAGUUAAAUAAACAGUAUUACAUUUUUAAAACUGUUCUCUAUUAUAACAGUCUAAGUCUCUGACUCACAGCAGUCUUAGCUAACAACCCACUCCGUUGUAUUUGGCGACUAGCCUCACUGCACAGGUGGAACCUUCUCUUAAUGUGGCCAGCUUACUUAGGGUAGAGAUGAAGAGGCUACUCGAGGGUGCUGCAUGAUUUGUUUGUGUCUGAGUGGCAUUAGGAUGAAGUCUACACUGCUGAAUGUAGAAGCCAAGAUAACUUGAGCCAGGCAAGGUUUAGCAGCCUUCAGAGGCGCGGAGAGGUGACCGGUUAAGAUUGAGGCUGACUACUACAUAGGUUUGGGUUUUGGUUUUUGUUUUGCCUCCCGCUACUGCCCUCCCUCCCCGCCAUGCUGUGGGGCCAAAUUCAUUGCUAAACAGCAAAAAUGUCCUAAGGGUAUGGUGUAUCAAACAUUCAGGCUUGCUUUUUCCUCUUUCGUUGUCCCUGCCCCCAGUACACGUAGCAGAAUAUCAUUGGUUCUGCUCAACAAUGGAGGAAGUGUCUUGAGCUGCCGCUUCUGUCUCCUGGACCCCGAUGAGAGAAGGGGUGGUGGGGUAGGGAGCAGUAUCCAUCUGUUUUCCUACUCUUCAAGAAACCAAACACCCCAGGGAAGAUGGCUGGGGUCCCUGUUGCAGGGCUGUGUCUUGGGUCACCUCUGCAGGCCAGCUGACGGGAUGGAUUGUUUCUAAGCAUUACAUUCGUCAUACGAAAAGUAGGAUGGCCUGCCCACAAUUGGAGCUCAUUGACUGCAAAUGUAGAUGACUGUUAAAUGUUAAACUGAAAGAAGCUUGGUUUGUGUGUCCGUGGUUAUUUCACAUUGGUGGAUGGUGUCACAUUUUGUCCCAGUUGGGGAGGGAAUGAUGUGAUGGCCACAGUGGCACGUGGUGGCAUUAAAAAUCUUUCGAGGGCUGAUCCAUCUUAACUGUCGGCAGUGAUGGAGGACACUUUGUUGUGGGUGAGUGUUUGUAUUGCCCAGCAUGAAUACUCUGCUGUGCGUGUUUGAGGCUGUGAAGCACUCGGGAGUGUUCAGUGACCCUACUCAGGAGAAAGCAGCUUUUUUUUUUUAAAGUUCACUGUUUGGAAACUUGCAUGUCUGCAGGCUGUGUCCUCCCCACCCUGUCAGGUCCUGGAUGGGUAUGUCACGGUCAUGGUCCCUGGCCCAAUCUGUAAUCGAUAUUCAUAGCCAUUCCUUUUCACAUCAGAACUGGUUGUCCUUAAUGUAUUUUUCAAGCUCUUCUAGAAAAUGACCACUAAUUUAAAAACUCUUGGUCCUGAGGUUUGCCCAGAGGCACUUGUUCCAGGAUUGCCUCUCUGCUUCAGCAGUGCCCUUGUCACUUUCCUUCAGCGGCUGCCCAGCAUACGAUGUACCAGGCUAAGAUUUGGGAACUGGUCAGCCUCAUCAAAUGUGGGAGAGAAGCUCAACUUGUAGUCCCAAAGGAGAGUGGACUUGCUAAGUGGUGUCUAUCUGGUUGUAACACUUUUGUGCCCCCGCCUUUUGUGCUAAACAAGUUGGGGGGGGCUGCUUAAGUGAUCUUUGACUAAGUGGACAUAGAGUUCUAAAGAGAUUCCAGCUAAGACCACUCAGCCCACAUUUUCACCCCAGCACAAGGUUGCUCCUCUUAAUGGAAUGAUGCUCUGUAGCUUCUCCGAGACAUUACCAGUGGCAUGGUGUCACCACCUAAGGCUUCGGCUUAGCUUGAUUUCUGGGCCCACAGUAUGUGAUCUCGCGAUGCCAACCUGUUACUUU